AUCGCUCGUGGGUCUAGUCACCGGCAACACAUCUACGCUCCCCGCAGUUCUCUUCGGCAGCGGAGCGCGCAUGCUCGGUGUGUGCUGCCUGCUUACACUGUGCUGGGAGUGUGGAUAGGUGGUGUAUAGUGUGCUGGAAAACCUCUCUCCAACUCAACGUUUCUCUCCCGUUUUAUGAUGUUCUACUGAAGAAAAACGGCACAGUUAAGAACAACCAUGCUGCGUGUUUGCAGGAACGCGAGCCGUGCAGUAGCGCAGCAGUGCCUGUGUGGUAAAGCAUCACUCCAUCCACUGCAACCUUCCCGGCGAUAUACAACACACAGGGAAUCUGGUGGUUCUGCAGGAAAAAUAGUUGCAGCCAGCCUUCUGUUUGUUGGGGGAGGAUUUGGUGGCACAAUAUUGUAUGCAAAAUGGGAUCCGAAAUUCCGACAGAAUGUAGAGCAGUCCGUCCCCUACGCUGACAAAGUGUUUGACGUCGCCCUUGGCCCAGCCCCUUAUGCAGUGCCUAUGCCAAAGACAAAGACAAAACCAGGCCAAGUACAGAGUUCUUACAUGAGCGAGGUGGCAAAAGAAUCAAAGCAGCCCAAACCAAAGGGAAAGAAGAGUGAACCGGCAGAGGCUGCCCCAGCACCAGCCCCUGUGGAGGAACAGAAACUGGAAGAGUUCUCUGUGGAGGCAAAACACAUCAUUUCAGCUAUCAGCGUGGCCCUGUCAGUGUCCGCUACCGACACCCAUGAAGGGCAAGAGAGGGAACACAAGCCUGCUGUAGCGCCAGGGGGGAAGGAGCGCGAGAAAUGCGAGGAGAGUGGACACGAGGUCCUGCCGGCAGUGAAGGAACGCCCGCCUGAGGAGGUGGCAGCCCGGCUCGCCAAGCAGGACCAAGAGGAGCAGGAGAAGAUUGCCUCUCUGGCGGCGAUGUUGGAGGAGGCUCUGGGCAGCACAGCCCGCCUGACUCUACAGGCCAUUGCUGCCCAGGAUGCUGCUGUUGAGUCAAUCAACAGCCACGCCUGCAAGUUAAAAGAGGCUAUGGAAGAAACAGAGGCUUUGGCGGAGCAGAAAUCUUCACAAUGGCGUGUCCUUGAGGAUGCUCUGACUGAUCGCAGGAAGGCGGUGGAUGAAGCUGCUAACACCCUUAUGAAAGCCAAGGAUGGGCUGGAGAAGCUGCGAGGGGUGAUUGAUGAUGCAAAACAGACUAAUAUCGCCAGAGCCAAGCCACAGAUUCUGGCUGCUGAGGAGAACCUGCACAACAUGUUCGUCGAUCUGGAUAAUGUCGUCAAAAAGGUCCAGGCAGCUCAGUCAGAAGCUAAGAUCAUAGCUCAGUAUCAUGAGCUUGUGGCUGUGGCUAAGGAGCAAUUCCAGAAAGAACUUGACAGCAUCACCCCAGACAUAAAGACUGGAUGGAAGGGACUCACUGGCAGACUGACCACAGACGACCUGAACUCUCUGAUUGCCCACGCUCACCGGCGCAUCGACCAGCUGAACAAGGAGCUGGCUGAGCAGAGGGUCCGGGAACGGCAGCACAUCGAGACUGCUCUGGGGCAGGAGAAGACUGAGCAUAAGAGGGCUCUGGAGGUGGCCGUGGCCAAAGCAUUGGAGCACUACCGUGCAGAAAUCCAACUGGAGCAAGAUAAGAAGCUUGAGGAGGUGCGGGAGGUGAUGGAGGUCGAGAUGAGGACCCAGCUGCGCAGACAGACGGCCGCCCACACUGACCACCUGAGGGAUGUGAUGAAAGUCCAGGAACAGGAGAUCAAAGCAGAGGCGGAGCAGGAGAUGGCACAUAAGCUGUCUGAGCAAGAAAACCAGUUCAGACAUGUAACUCAGGAACAGCUGGAUAACUUCACCCUGGACAUGAACGCAGCAUACGCCCGGCUCAGAGGGAUGGAGCAGGCAAUCGACAGCCACGCAAUUGCUGAAGAGGAGGCCAGGAAAGCACACCAGCUGUGGCUUUCCAUUGAAGCUCUAAACUACACUCUAAAGACGACUUCCGGGGACAAGCCUACGGAACCUCUGGAUACAGCAGUGCAGGCCAUGAAAGCUAGCUGCGCGGAAAACGAAUUCACUGAGACCUUAAGCACUGCCCUGCCGGAAGUGGCCCUGAGCCGCGGGGUGUACAGCGAGGCCUCCCUUAGGGCACGCUUCUAUAUCAUCAGGAAGCUGGUUCGCCGAGUCGCCAUGAUUGACGAGACCAGAAACAGCCUGUUCCAGUUCUUCCUUUCCUACCUGCAGUCUCUCCUCUUGAUGGAACCCCAGCAACUCAAACCUCCAGCGCAGCUAUCCCCCGAAGACCUUGACACGUUCAAGCUGCUCUCGUACGCCACGUACAGCAUUGAGCAUGGAGAUCUGGAGCUGGCAGCUAAGUUUAUCAACCAGCUGAAAGGAGAGUCCAGGAGAGUGGCUCAGGACUGGUUGAAUGAAGCUCGACUGACCCUAGAAACUACACAAGUAGUAAGCCUCCUUUCUGCGUAUGCCAAUGCAGUGGGUUUAGGCACAACCCAGGUAGAAUAAUUUACUAAAUAAAUAUUUAAGGUAGCCCCCACUCUCCAAAUAUUAUUUUUUAAAAAACAGAUUAACAAAAUUCUGUGUAGCCAUUCCUGAAUAAUAUAUACACAAAGGGUACACCAAUGAGAUUUGUGUAAAGCCCUGUCUAUACAGUGCAACAUUUCUGUUUGGCAGUAUUUUGUUGCAAGGUAGUGCAGUGCUCUGUUUUUGCUUUAACUUCUGUCUGCAACAAAUAGGAAGUUGCAUAAUACAUUCCGCUGUGGCGUACUGUGUAUCCAGGGCCUAGGGGGUGUCUGUGACCUUGAUGCCUCAAGACACAUCAUUGGGAAUUAUCUACCCACACUAAAGGCACUGUUUUCAAUGCACUAUUGGUUGUGACCUCACUGACCGACUAUCACAGUGUUUCAGUUGUUGGCUAGAGCCGACUCAAUAAUGAAUGCAGGAAUGCUUUGUCUGCACCUUGGUGUAAUGUUUUGAGUUCCUGAUUUUAAUUGAUUGGGCUUUGUGAUUUGAACCGAAUUACUUGUUUUCACAUUAUGUUGUUGAUUCAUUUCCAACCUACUGGUACAUAUCAAUAAAACAUAAACAAAGUUA